GGAGAAGUUGGAAUGUCUGUCCACACCAUUUCAUUAGAAAAUACAGAGAAACUAUCAAAAUAUUCACACACUUUGAGAAUGCUGUUUCGUUGCUCUUUCCUUUGCAAUAGGUCUGCCAUUACCUUCAGGUUUCUCAGUUUUCUCCACAUUGACCUGCAUUUAGAGAUAAUAACAGCAUUAUAAAGUAUGUAUCCAUGUUUGAGCAUAGUUGUUGGUUAUGUUGCACUUUUCAAAUUUCGAGAUUCAAACAAGUUUCUUUUACCAUAAUAAUAUUUUUAUAGUAUGUGAGAUUUUUCUUUUCCAGCAUGUCUUGUUCCAUAGUUAGUAAGUACGAUGUUUUUUUAAGUUUUAGAGGACCAGAUACUCGUAGAACUUUUGUUAGUCAUCUUUAUAAUGCUCUGGAGCAAAAAAAUAUACUCGUUUUCAAAGAUGAUGAGCGUCUGGAGACUGGAAAAUCAAUUCCUGAUGAACUUUUGAAAUCCAUACAAGAAUCUAAAUUUGCCUUGGCGAUAUUCUCAAAAAACUAUGCAUCAUCAAAAUGGUGCUUAGAGGAGCUUGCACACAUCAUAAAAUGCAGGAAAAGAAUGAACCUGACUGUUAUACCAAUCUUUUAUGAUGUGAGUCCAUCUGAUGUACGCCAUCAAAGAUCCUCAUUCGCUCAGUCGUUUUAUGAACACGAAAAAAGUUGCAAAGAUGAUGGUGAUAUGGAGAUGAUUGAAAGAUGGAGGAAUGCAUUUGCAGUGGCCGGGAAAAUAGCAGGACAUGAUCUGAAAAAUUAUAAGGAUGAUGCAGAAUGCAUCAAGAAACUAGUUGAUGAUAUAUUUCCUAAGCUUCAAGUUAUUUCACCCUUCCCGAAAUGCUUAGUAGGUAUGGAAUCUCAAAUCGAGGAAGUAACAUCAUUAUUAGAUAUGGAAUCAAAUAAUGUUCGUUGUAUUGGAAUUUGGGGGAUGGGCGGGAUAGGCAAGACAGAACUUGCAACUUGUCUAUAUCUACGUUACUGUCAUCAAUUUGAAGCUCAUUGUUUUAUUAGUGGUCUUGGAGCAUUGUAUCAGAAAAAUGGACAAGCAUGGUCAGAACUGGUCCUCAUCGGCAAGAUCUUGUGUGGAAAGUUGACUCUAACUAGUGACCAUGAAGGGCUGAGUGCUAUUAUGAAUAUGCUUCGCCAGAAGAAAGUUUUGUUCAUUCUCGAUGAUGUAAAUCAUCAUGAACAAUUGGAAUAUUUAGUUGGAGAGCCAAACUGGUUUGGUAGGGGUAGCAGAAUUAUUAUAACAGCAAGAGACAAGAACCUGUUAAUCAGUCAUGCUGGGGAUAACGUGUAUGAAGUCCCACUGUUGCUUGAGAAUGACGCUCUUGAACUGUUCAGUAGGCAUGCUUUUAAAGAAAAAUCACCAAAGGAACAUUUUACGGAACAUUCAAGUCAAGUGGUGGAGUAUGCCGGUGGACUCCCUUUAGAAUUUUCAAGCCAAGUAGUGGAGUAUGCCGGUGGACUCCCUUUGGCGCUUAAGGUUUUGGGUUCUUCCGUUUAUAAACGAGACAAAGAGAAAUGGCAAGACAUAAUUGACCGGCUGAAGAAAAUACCUCCCAAUGAUAUUAUAGGGAAACUUAGGAUUAGUUUUAAUGGACUGGAUAAAGAUGAGAAGGAAAUAUUUCUAGAUAUUGCAUGCUUGUACAAAGAUGACUCAGAAGAUUACGUGAAACUAGUAAUUCAGAGUCGGGGUAUUCAGUUGAUAGGAAUAGAUUACCUUGUCGAAAAAUCUCUGAUAUCCAUUUCAGGUUGCAGAAUUGAGAUGCAUAAUUUGAUUCGAGAAAUGGGUGAAAAUGUCUCGAGUGAAGAGUGCACAAACUGCAGAGUAUGGCUUUCUAAGGAUGUUCAUGAGCUUUUUGCUAGAAAGUUGAAAACAAAAAAGUUGGAAAGCCUAUGUAUCCCAAAAGGUUACAAUUUUGGAGAUGAUCCGGUUAAUCAUAGCAGGAUAUUCAAGAAGAUGAAGCGAUUACAGGUACUCAGAAUUGAAGGUGGAACCUUUCACUCAGAUUUUGGUAUCACUCAUCUCCCUUCCAGCUUGCGUUUUCUUGAUUGGUCGUUUUAUCCUUCACGUUCAUUGCCCGAGAGUUUUGAACCAUUACAGCUCGUUGGGCUUCGUCUAAGAAAUAGUCAGCAACUUGCUCAACUUUGGCAAACAUCAAAGAAUUUGAACAGCUUGAAGCAUUUGGAUCUUAGCAGCAGCCUUGAGUUAAUAAAAACUCCUAAUUUUGAGCAUAUGCCAAACUUGGAGAGCCUUAUUUUAAGCUCGUGCGAGAAUUUGCAAGAGGUCGAUUCCUCUCUUGGACGCUGCAGAAAUCUUACUAUUUUAGAUUUAUCGGGUUGUUCCAAUCUUGAGAUACUUCCAAGAUUUACUUACAUGGAAUCUCUUGAGAAACUCGACCUCUUUUCGUGUAGAAGUUUAAAACAAUUUCCAGAAUUCUGUGGAGAUAUGCUACGUUUAUCUAAACUCUCUGUAGGAUCCCCACUGAUAAGAAACUUACCGUUGUAUUUCAGCGGCUUGAGCUAUUUACAUUUGGAAGAUUGUGAAGAUCUUGAAACUUUUCCAGAUACUAUUCCAAAUCUUAAAGAUCUGUGUAUUUCAGGUUGCAAAAAACUUGCAACGCUGGCAAAUAGCCUCUUUGAAUCGGAGCAAUUGGAGGAACUUGAAAUAUCCAAAUGUCCUAGAUUGGUAGAUCUCUCGAUAUCUCUUGGAGUUCAUAUGAAGCUUAAACAACUUGUCAUAAGUGAUUGUGAGAACUUAAAGAAGCUUCCAAACUCCAUUCAGAUGGAAUCCCUUGAAUAUCUCCGUAUAUCUAAUUGCCCAAAAUUGGAUACAUUUCCAGAAAUCAACGGAGAUAUGCAUUGCUUAUCAGAACUGAUCCUACGAUCUACUGGGAUUAGAGAAUUGCCUAUGUCAGUCGGGAAUCUGAGCGGCCUCCUUCAUCUUGAUCUGGAAGGAUGUGAAGAUCUCGUAAGUCUACCAAACAGCUUCUGUAAUUUGAAGAAUCUUCAAUGGCUUGUUCUUUGCGGCUGCAAGAAGCUAGACAAGCUUCCAGAAAACAUCGGUGAUUUGCAAAUGUUGGAAAAACUAGAUGCAAGUGGAACUUCAAUCUUCCAACCACCUCCCUCCAUCAGGAAGCUUUGCAAACUGGAAGAUUUGAAUCUCUCGCAUGAACAACUUCAACGUUACUCAAGUUUGGUUUUGCAUCAAGUAUCACGUUUAUCCUCCUUGAAACGUCUUCAUCUUGGUAAUUGCAACAUAUUGACUGGAUUUCUGGAGGAUCUUGUAUCUUUCCACUGUUUGGUAUGCCUGAACAUUAGAGGAAGCAGUAUAUCUUGUUUACCCAAAAGCAUCAAUGAAUUCUUAUGCCUUGAAAUCCUCGACGUGCAAUUAUGUAAGAAUCUUCAUGAACUGCCACGAGAGCUACCCCCAAAUCUAGUGGAGCUAUACGCAGAUUAUCAUUUGGCCUGGAACAGCAUCAGAGAUCUACUUAAGUGUGUUCACUUGUAUGAUAUCAAAAUAUCAUGGAGUGGUGUAUCAACUAACCGAGUUAACGUGUUGAGGUUCAUACAACAUUUUCUCAAGGCGUAUAUCCAGUGUGACUUCCAACACCUAAGGAGAUAUUUUUGCAUUUCUUUUCCGGAAGUCAGAAUUCCAGAGUCUUUCGGUUAUCAGUUAAGAAAUCAAGAAAAUAUUUCAAUUAAUCUCAACCCUUUUUGGUAUACCGAUAAAUUCAUGGGGUUCUCCAUAUGUUGUUAUGCUAAUAGAGGGAAAGUUGCUUCCAUAAUAGACAUUGAUCAGCAGUUCUAACCCUGUAAGAUCUUAUUCCUUGAAGUGUCACAUCAAUCAAUGUCGGCUCAAUAAUCCCGCUCCUUCUCUCAAGUGGUUCUACAUACCAUUUAAAGCAUUGUGGCAUGUUUCUGACAAUAAAGAAGGGAAGAGCCCAAAUGAUUAUUGCAUGUUUGAGGUAUCUACAAUGUUUUGUAAUAAAGCAUGUUGGGGGAUUCGCCUGGAGUAUGAGAAUAAUGUAGGAGAACGAGGAGGAGGAUACAUCGAGCAACUCAAAGUCCCAAACUCUUUCCAGUUCAGCGAAACAAUAAUGCUGACAACUGUAAAUGGACGACGCUCAAUGGUAUUUGAACAACCAGUGCCAUCACACACUUGUAGUCGUUUUCAAGCUUCUGUUGAGGAUAACAUCACCACAGAUAGAGGACUUCAUUUUGGGUAUUGUGAUAGCUCAUCAAGGGAAAUUGAUGAUGCUUCAAGAAAGAGAAAGAGAAAUGAAAAGAAAAGGAGAAAAACAAUGAAACUAGCUGCUGUCAUCGAGCCAAAGGAGAUUAUCAAGGUAGGAAACGUCAAAGCCAAGUGAUAGAACCUAUGGAAAAAGUUUUACAGAGGCUCAGACACGACCUCACCUUUAGAGUUUGAUAGCAGAUCUUGAUCCAAGGGUGAGCAUUCCGUCUCCAGGUUACAACGGGUCAGCUUAUUUGUUAUUGUCCAUCUUUCGGGCAAUGAAACAUCCCUUAUUUACUUUAUUUUGGAUAUCUCUUUAGACGUGAUCUUUGUUAGUAGUUCUUGUACGAUGACUUUCGGGUCUUGGGGAUUUCAAUAAGUAGUUAGUUGGAUUUUCGCAUUAAUAAUGAUUAGCUCUAGACUAUUGUUAUUAUGUUGAUUUUAUGAUAAUAUCAUCUUACUAUCGACUAAGUGAUUGGGCAAUGAUUUGAUUUAGAUGGUUCUCCCACAGGAAGAUUAGUGUGGCUGCCACUCAUGGCCUUUUGGGUCGUGAUAGUUAUCCAUACCUUCCAAGUUGUGUUCUGCCUAAUAAAGGGUUUAAUCAUAUUCCUAACCUUAUCUUAAAUGCUGGUGAUUCUGAUUGAAGAGACAUUGUUUGUUUGUUUGUUUGUUUGUUCUUGCAUACUUGCCAACUAGUUGAUGUUUGCUUCUUCGUCAUGUCCUAGUUUGUUUUACCGCCUAUGUUACUUUGGCAGCUGAUAUUGGUGAUCGAUUAAUAGUCUUCCCACGCUCUCCUUUUUUACUUUUGAGCAAACUAACAAGUACAAGACUUGUAUGCACUCUAAACAAAUUUUCACUUGUAGAGGGGAACUGCAGAAUCAUCUGAUUCUGCUAUGAAUUCCUGAUAUUUUGGGGAUUCAAAAAUGUGUUUGAGCUUGACUAUUCCUUUGAAGCCCGAGACAGGAUACCUUCUUAGGAGAAACCAAAAUUCUUAGCUUUCUUGAUCUUGAGACAUCCUUCCUCUACUCAAAAGCCCGAGACUUGAUUAAAUUUUCUUAUUACAUGAACGUACACUUACUUUCUUUUUUUCAAAAGCUUAUGGAGGGAAACUUUCUUUUACCAAAUGAUCCUGUGAAAGAUGGGAAAAACUUCCGACUCAAAGCCUGCUGAUUGUUUGUAUUGAGUCUAGUUACUACUUAAUUUUAAAAUGUAGAGAUAAGUACAAUAUCUGCUUCUUGUGGAGAAAUGUAGAAGUUUUGUGUCAAAACAAUUUUUGGUUAAUAAAAAGUUGUUCAAGCUUAAAAUAGAUAUUUCUUGUCUAGCUCCAGGUUAUAUCCUUUCAUUCUUAAUUUGGACAGAAAACUUGUGACGGACAAUGUCAGAGGCGGAUCCAGGAUUCCUAAGUUUCGGGUGUCAAAUUGUCCACUAAGAUAAACGGGUCGAUUUUUUAAAAUUUUGAGUUACAUUUCGAAUUAUUUAUCUUUUUUUAUUUUUAUAUACAAAUUAAUCGAAUAUGGAUAUUUAGUUAUAUUCUCUUUCAAGAUAUCUGAGAUUCAAGAUACCUAAUUAGUCCAACUUCUUUUUACGAAUAAGAGAAAUUAACUCUAAAACAGGAAGAAAAAAAAUCAUGUUAAAAAAUC